AUGGAUAUGAAAAACUUUCAAGUUUUCGUCUUACUUCUAGUUUUGACCAAUGGUAAGUAGUGUACGUUCCGCUCAAUCUAUGUAUUAAGUUUAAAGAUUUUUCCGUUUAUAGUUUUGUAAAAAUUUUGACUAAAACUGUGAAUUUCAGUUGUUUCAGUUGAAUUUCAGUUGUUUCAGUUGAAUUUCAGUUGUUUCAGUUGAAUUUCAAUUGUUUCAGCUGAAUUUCAGUUUUUUCAGUUGAAUUUCAGUUGUUUCAGUUGAGUUUCAGUUGAUGUGUUCCGGUAAAUAACUUUUUUGAAGUGUUGUUCGCUUUGGAGAAUGAGGAAGCUGCAUCUGAACACACUAAAGCAGAGUCGAAGCUAGACGUCAUAAUAAAGCUGUUAAAAAGAGGUAUUAUCGACAUGUAUUGAGAUCUAAGUCAAUUAAAUACAGGAGCAGAAAAACCAGCGGGGAUUUCGGAGCUUGACAGAAAAAAAAGAAGAAGCAGCAGCAAGAAGAACAAAGGCCGGAAAGUGGGAAAGAAAUGA